CCCCUUCACACACACACACAGUCCUUUUUCUUCCUUUUUACACUCUUUUCUUUUUCAUUCUACUGGUUUCCCUCUUUCCUUCUCUCUCUCAUCACACAAACCCUCAUUCCCUCUCUACAAUCCAAAACCAGACAUAGAAAUGAGAGGACCGGUGAUCGGAAAGUACCCAUCAAGCGACGGAAAUGGUGAAGUCGGCGCCGGAAACGGAAUCAUAAAGCACAAUCGGAAAUGCAGAGAUAUUGUGUUUCUUGUUUUCUUCAUAGCUUUCUGGAUCUCCAUGAUUGUUAACUCCAGCUUCGGUUUCAACCAAGGAAACCCAUUAAGGCUAAAUUUCGGGUUGGAUUAUAAAGGAAAUGUAUGUGGAGGAAAACAUUCCGAUUUUGACCUCCGUGAAUUGGAACUCAAAUAUUGGGUUAACCCUAAUCAAGUUUACCAAAGUGGCAUGAAGAACAGCGGGGUAAAACUGUCAAAUGCUCGAACCAUAUGCUUAUUAGACUGUCCAAUACCCUCGGAAGAUUCUUUAAAUUGGGUUUGUGAUUAUCCAGAGGGAGAUAUUCGUCUUUCUUUAGAUGAUUGGAUCGAUAUGAAUUAUGAUUAUUUUGCCGAUCUUACCCCUGAACUUAGAAACACUUCUCUUCAACUUCAAGGCCCUUGUUACCCUGUCAUUUUUCCAAGCGUAAACGUUUAUUGGAGUUGCCAGUUUAUUGAUCGACCAUCAAAUGUUUCUUUGACUAAUUGGAAACGAAUGAAUGGAGUUACAAUCAAUGAUGAUAUGAUCAUAGAUAAAUCUAUUCAUAACUCCAUUAAUGCACGAUCUUCUGUAUUGAAGAGAUAUGUCGCGGAUGUUGGAAAAUCAUGGCCCGUGUUGAUUGUUUGUGGAGGACUUUUGCCUUUAUUUUUAUCGCUAUUGUGGCUUUUAAUGAUCCGACAUUUUGUGACCGGAAUGCCCUGGGUGACUAUUUUUCUCUUUAAUGGCCUUAUCAUAUCAGUCACAAUGUUCUACUACAUGAAAGCUGGAUGGAUUGGAAACGAUGCGAUUUCGCCUAUCAUUGGCGAACAUGAUCCAUACUAUCAUGUCACUUCAAGGGAGCAACAUCAUAUGCGAGCAGCCGCUUUUCUCAUGACAUGUGUCAUGAUCAUAUCCGUUUUAUCAUCAAUCGCCAUUGUUCGCCGGAUUCUCAUGGCAACAUCAGUACUCAAGGUGGCAGCAAAGGUGAUCGGAGAAGUUCACGCGUUGAUAAUUUUUCCGGUGAUCCCAUACCUAAUUCUGGCGGUGUUCUACAUGAUCUGGGUGUCGGCCGCCCUCCACCUUUUCAGCUCCGGCGAGAUAGUCCGCAAUGAUUGCAGCACAAAUUGUUGUGCAUACGAUUUGAAAGCCAAAAGGGUGAGUUGCGAUGAUUGUUGUGGAUAUAGCAUUCAUUACACCAAUCAUAUUGCAGCUUCGAUUCUCUUCCACUUGUUUGGAUGCUAUUGGGCCACUCAAUUUCUCAUCGCCUCUUCUUCCACUGUCAUUGCUGGCUCCGUGGCUUCUUACUAUUGGGCUCGUGGAGAAUCAUCGACAACGAUUCCGUUUCUUCCGGUUUUCUCAUCGAUGAAGCUACUCACGCGAUACAGCCUCGGCUCAAUAGCAAUCGGUUCCUUAAUUGUGUCUUUUAUCGAGUCGACUCGGUUCAUACUCGAAGCCAUUCGAAGGAGACUCAAAGUCGCUGACAUCAUGCCCGAAAACUUCAUCAAAAGAAUGAUGUUCCACACUUCUCGUUUUUGCUUAAAGGGCAUUGAAUUAACCAUAAAAUCAGUAAACCGAAACGCAUACAUUAUGAUUGCAAUAACGGGAAAAGGAUUCUUCAAAGCUUCAGAAAUUGCAACAAAUUUGAUAAUAAGUAACAUUUUGCGGAUUGGAAGAGUGAAUGUGAUUGGAGAUGUUAUUUUAUUUCUUGGAAAGCUUUGUGUGAGUCUUGCUAGUGCGCUUUUCGCGUUUCUUAUGUUGGACACUCAUAAGUACAAAUCGUCUCACAACAAGAUCACAUCCCCGUUAUUUCCUGUAAUGGUGUGUUGGGGAUUAGGGUAUGUGGUGGCGACAUUGUUUUUUGGGGUGGUGGAAAUGUCGAUAGAUACGAUUAUUUUAUCGUAUUGUCAAGAUGCAGAGGAACAUCAAGGGACAGCACAUUAUGCGCCUCCACUUUUGAUUGAGACUUUUGAGGAAGAUAAUGAGGUGCAAAGGAUUGGACAAUGAGAAAUGUAGGGUUGUUUUGUUUUGUUGUUGGUUUUUUUUAUUAGGAAGUGGAUUUUCUUAUUUCUAUAGUAGGUUACUUAUGUGUAGAGCAAGUGAAAAGAACCAUGCAAAAAAAAGCAUUAUGAUAUGAUGAUAUAUGUAUAUGUGGAAUAUUUGCCCAAGUUUUGGAUGAAUGAUUGAAGUUUCUUCGAGGCACUA